CUUAAUCGACAACCUUCCUAACACGUUUACAGUAGGUUAAAUUGCAUUUUUUGUUUUCAACCUAAGGGAACAGGAGUUUUUGAUUGUUUGACGAAGGCAUGAGUUUCUUACGUGAUAUCUUACGCAUAGGUAUUAGCUCUGAUCCAUGGUGUGCUUACGCUGCAGAGUUUCCUUCGAGCAAAGAAGAAUAUGAUGCUUUGUUAGAAAAAGUGAAAGAAAUAAAACCUCAGAACGUACCGGCUGAUUUCAAGCUCAAUAUCUUGAUGAUUGGACCUAAGGCUCAUGGAAAAUCGUCAGCCGUCAACUCAAUUGCGAGUAUAAGUACAGGAAAAAGAACAACCGUAUGCAAUGCUGGCGAAACUAGCAGUGACAAUGUUACCACCGUUUACAGACAACUGGAGAUACCUGGUCAUUUCCAAACCUUUAGGCUUUGCGAUGUGAGAGGAUUAACCAAGGAAAGGGAAGCUUCUAACAACUUAUUAAAAGACAUCGAAUAUAUAGUUCAAGGACAUGUCAAGACUGGCUACAAGAUGGAUGCCCGAGGACCUAUAAAAGAAGACGACAAAGUUUACUUUAUUAGUAAUCCUACCUAUGAAAGAAAAGUUCAUGGUGUUAUUAUUGUAUUUGACAUCACUGAAGCCUACGAUAUUCAUUCAAGUCACAUCGAAGACAUUAAAGUCAUUACGAAUAGAUUAAACGAACUGAAUGUCCCAGUGUCAGUGUUACUUACAAAGGCAGAUUUAUUAUGCCAACGUGUACGAGAUGGGAUUCGAAACAUAUAUCGUAGUAAGAAAGUGAUCGAAGCUGCAAAUAAAGUCCAUGCCAAAUUGGGAAUACCGAAGAAAAAUAUAUACCCUGUAGCCAAUUUUGAGGACAACGUCAAGUUUGGUUGGGAGGAAAGUGUACCUCUAUUGACAGCUAUACAAGCCUUUCUCGGUACAGCGGCAAACCAUUUGCACAGUUUGCAAGAGGGUAAAACCGGGACAAUUAAUUGCAAAAUACCAAGUGAAUCCGCAUCGAAAGAAAUAACAUAACUUAAAAAAAUAGUUGUACAAAAACAAUUUUUCAGUCUCAAUAUUGGUCUUCUUUGGUUUAUUAGAAUAUAAACACAUAAAAUGCUGUAUCACGUUUAAUUAAUUCAGUUUUCUACAACACAUUAGUAGAUUAUGUUGAUUCAUUGAUGGACCUUACCUAUAACUGACCAGACCAACAUAUAAAUGGAAGGUUUCAACUGAGUGUCCCUUUUAUCAUUCUUUUUCAAUCAGUUAAAUAAAUUUGAUGCGGAAAAACACAAACGUACAUCUUUUUUAUCAUACGUUUACUUAGUUUUUCUGCUGAAACAUCGGGAUUCUUCCAGUCACCUGUAAUUUGAACCGAGCGAGGUAAAUCGAUCAACAUCUUCUAAACCUCGAGCUCGCCCACUUAGCUCAAUAUAACCAGCAUGGGGUCUAAUUCCCGGGCAAGGCUUAUGUUCUCCGUGACGAUUUGAUAGAAGAAUUCGUGCCUGAAAUCAUUCGCCUUCGGCCUAUGAUUGCCAGUCACUUACGGACAACAGGUUUACAAAAUCCAGUAACACUAAACACUGUUAAGGUUACUGCCCGCCGUUACAUAAUAAUAAUAAAAAAACAAACAAAAACAGACAAAAAGAUGUCAAUGACAAUAUAUAUUUUUAUGCUUCAGUUGUACCAAUUUAUUUUCCUUCCGCGCCGUCAAACAUGUGAUAACGGUAAUAUUAAACUGACUUCCACGCGUACUAUUUGCAAUAAUUAAUCCGACAUAAAAUCAAAUCCUUGAAACCAAGCAGAAUAGCAGACUCGAUUUUAAUGAGUUGGAUUUCUCACAAAAUUCAUAUAUCUUAAUAGCAAGUGAAUACUUACAUGGAAUUAACUUGUAACUAUGAAUGACGGAAUAUAACUGUUACAUAAGAAAGCCUUUUAAUUCAAUUAUGAAAUUUGUCAUACCAACUGGCCGAGCGAAAUGAAAACUAACGCAAACUUACUGGAUCUUAAUUUAUGCUUCACUCGUAAGACACACAUAGAUUUAAAGUUAGCCAAUGAAAAAAUGGUCGCUUUGUACCCACAGUAGUGACACACUAGUUUGAGAAAUAGUCAGAAAUUACGAACAUGUAAAUGCGUUUGUUUUAAAUGUGACUGACACAUUUUUCGUUAUGAAAUAAAAUAUAUUAAUUUCUUAGUAAAUCCCAUUUCCAUUCUUUUUUCUUGAUUAUUUAUCAAAUGUUUGAAUAUUUAUUAACAUUGUAGAAAGUUUUAUUGAAACCAGUUUUUGUAUUUAUUUCCCUUAACAUUUCUAUCAGUAAAAGUCCAUGUGCAGUAUAAAAAGAAGUGUUUUUCAACCCUUGUAAUUAUGCAUAUAGUUGUUAAAUCUUGAAAAGAAUGAACGCUCUAUCUAUGAUGACAGUUGCGAUGCGGAAUCUUAGCCAACAAAUUGAGGAAAGACUAUGUACUCUUUGUCCUAGCAACUUAUAACCGGAGCAAUUAGGAAAACUGCAUAAUGUAUUGUAAAUGCUUUCUUGUAUAGACGAAGGUCCAUGUAUAUAUACUAAUUCUGUAAUUAUACAACUCUGUAUAUAACAGUUAGAAGAUCGGAUAACUCAUAUUUAACUUGCUUAUAUAUUUAUACAAUUUUCACAUAAUCUUUUUUCAAAAUUAGAUGCCAGUAAAAUAUAUACAUUUAGUAGGAUAUAUUUUAUGUUCAUUUUGCUAUAUUUCUAGGUAUUUUAUGCCACUGAUUAAUAUGACCGUAAUAUGACUUUGAAAUAACGUUUACUUGAAAUUCAGUUUAAUUAACUUCGUAAUGACAAAUAUCAGACAGUAAUUUAUAAAAGAAUCAUCAUAUAAUUAUCAUCACAUCUGGAUUUAAUAUAAUGCAGUAUUUCAGAGGACUUUUUAUAAUUAGAAGGUUCUGUGGAAGAUUUCCCUCACUGCUAACUGUGAGGAAAUAACUGCAUUGUAAGUAUCAAAUAAACAUACUGUGUACCUAAAUGAUAUGGAUUUCUACAGCUUUCAAAUCGUUUGAUUUUAACAAUAUUAAUGCUUAUGUACUGAUACUUAAUCCAAAGCGGAAGCGGAAGCGAUGUAAAGCGCGACAGUACGAUGAUGACACUACGAAGAUGAAUUGCGACAGUACAAUGGUGAAGUGCUACGGUGCGACAGUAUGAAGAUGAAGCGCGACAGUAUGACGUUGAAGCACGACCGAAAGUUCGAUUUUAUAAAAUUGUCGAAAACAGUUUUGUCCGAAUUGUAUUCGUUAUUCACCAUGUCCCGAACCGAAUAUUUACAAAUAUGAAUAAAAACUGCAUAAUCCAAACUAAAAUUACUUGAAUUUACCUACAUGUAAAACACAAGAAAGCUACCGAAAAUGCUAACGUUUCAUAGCGCAUUUCACAUUAAUUAUUCUUCGUACUAACCCAUCCACAACAGUAGACAAAUAUUUCACGACAAUGAUUUGAUAUGUAUCAUAGGGCCAAUAUUUGCUGUUGGUUUACCAUAAAUAAAAUGCUUUUCAUAAUUUUCCGGGUUUGAAAUGUGAUUAAGUUCAUAAUUUCAUGUAAUUUUAAAAUAUUUGAUUUCAACAUGUGGGAAUUCCCAUUUUACGACAUCCAAAAACUUGUUACAUAAAUAACAUGUUGAGCAACGAGUAAACCGUUGAAAUAGGGGAUCCUCCUGCCAAAUACUCGUCGUCAGUUUUUGGUCGCCUCUAGUCAUUUUUUGCCAAACAGUUGACAGUUUAAGUCAUUUGAAUCCAACGCUCGAUA